CAUUCCUUUUGACGCAUGUCGGUGUGAUGCCCUGUACUCUGCACUGCAGCUCGCUCCCUCCAACCUACCUUCUUCAAGGGUAAAAUAGAGCAGCGACUGCAUCUCGAAGAAGAUGGGAUCCACAGCUAGCUUAGCCUAUAAUUAUGUCCGCAUCUUCCAUUCUCACUCCUCGUCACAGACAGGAGUCCUGCUGCUUUGCUUGACUCAACAUCGCACGCAUACUAGUGUGAUCUCCUCUGGGGCCUUUGCGAAAUGGAGCCUGCCGGUAGGCUGCUUGUCCUCCUCGCCGUCGCUGGUCUCCUUGUCAUCUCCAUGGCCGAGCACGAGGUGCUGGCCAGGGGAACCGAGGAGCACGACGACAACGUGUACCAAGUGAGCAAGGGAGGGCAGGGCAGUCUACAGAGCUACCAGUGCUCGCCGCAGUGCGCGCGGCGGUGCGCGAACACGCAGUUCAAGAAGCCGUGCCUCUUCUUCUGCAACAAGUGCUGCAACGCCUGCCUGUGCGUGCCGUCGGGCUACUACGGCAACAAGGCCGAGUGCCCCUGCUACAACAACUGGAAGACCAAGCGCGGCGGGCCCAAGUGCCCGUGAACCUGCGGCUGUUUGUAAACUCUGCAUCGUAUUAUGAACCACUCGAUCCAAUUGCGAAAUUCUGAAAAGGGGUUCUAAAAUUUGGAA